UCACUACGUUCGAUUUUGUCAAGCCCCAGCUUCUUUUUUUUACGUAAGGCUGUUCGAGAAUACGAAAUAGUCGUAGCGUUAGGAGACACUCCAAGCGAUCGGUGAGGGGUUUUGUGGGUCAUGGAGGAGGAAGGUAAAUAAAAGAGAAGCGCCAGUAACACACAGCGGAUGGUUUAAGACGGUCACCGGGAGGUUUGACAGUGCAGCGACGUUUGCUCUGAUACGGCUUUAGUCAAACGCAGAGGACGGACCGGAGAGGAGGGACUGUCGGUUCGGCUACAGCAGCUGCUGUCGGCGUUCUCAGGUGGUCUGAUCGGGUUUGCUUCAUCCUUGUGUUGCCAUGGCAAUGCGGGAGUUGGUCGAGGCAGAAUGUGGGGGAACCAAUCCCCUCAUGAAGUUGACCAGUCAUGUGACCAAGGAAGGGGGGGCAUGGCGGCACCGCUCAACACCCACAAUUCCCCCCACUGCUAUAGAAAUUGCCACUGAAGAAGAGCUGGUGAAUGAGUUCCUUCAGGCACCCCCGCGGCCCCCACACACGUUUGACAUGGGCCAGCUGUUGGAGGAAAUGCAGCAGAUUGACCAGCAGAGCUAUCGACAAGCUCCUCAAAGAGCUCCAGACGUGGCAGCGUUGGCCUUGUCUGGUGACUGGGCGGCUGAGUUCCUGUCAGGUCCUGAAUCUGCCACUCCACCAAGUCUCACCGCUCUUGGUGAUGCAGCAGAUGCUGAUUGGACGAGAGAAUUUAUUGCUGAGGCUGCAGAUCCUGGACGCUGGGCUGAGGAGUAUCUGGAGCAGUCAGAGGAGAAGUUGUGGCUGGGAGACCUGGGAGACAAGGAGAAUGAAUGGACAAAGGAGUACCAACCAGGAGAGGAGCUAAGGCAGACAGCCAAUGAGCUUGUCUCAAAGGUUGAUGACCCCAAGUUACAAAACACAGAGUUCCUGCGAUUCAUUAGGCAGAUUGGCGAGGGCAGUGUGACAGUGGAGAGCAGAACAGACAAACAGCUCACAGAUAAAGCUCAGGCCGAGGAGGCUCAGAACUGGGCCUCCAACCUCAACCAGUUCCUGACAGAGACGGGGGGAGGGAGUCUUCCCUUGGAACCCCCAGAGAGGAGUGAGAAGAUUGAGAAAGUUAAAGCUAAACAAGCAGAGCAGUGGGCCAAGGUCGUCAGGCAGGUGUCAGUGGACUCAGCUGAAGCCUGGGUGGACGAGUUUGCCACGUCAGGAUCAGAUUUCCAAGAAGCUAAAGCUGCAGUGGAGAGUGAUGUGGAUUUCUGGGAGAAGCUACAGCAGGAGUGGGAGGAGAUGGCUAAGAGGGAUGCAGAGAGUCAUCCCUGGCUGUCCGACUUCGAUCAGCUGCUCAGCACUUCAUAUGACAAGGGGUAUCAGUUUGAAGAGGACAAUCCCUACUUAUCCCACCCGGACCCUUUGUCAGAGGGAGUGAAGAGGAUGGAGGCAGGAGACAUCCCGGGUGCCGUACGGUUCUUUGAAAGUGCUGUACAGAGAGAACCAGAUAACCAGCUGGCAUGGCAAUAUCUCGGAACCUGCCAGGCAGAGAACGAGCAAGAAUUUGCUGCCAUUACCGCCCUCCGCAGGUGCAUAGAGCUGAAGAACGACAACCUGACUGCUCUGAUGGCGCUGGCUGUCAGUUUCACUAACGAAUCGCUGCACAGGCAGGCCUGUGAGACUCUUCGUGACUGGCUGAAGCACAACCCAACAUACCGCUCUGUGUGGGAGCAGAAUGAGCGGGAACACCUAAAGGAUGGUGCCAGAGAAAUGGACAAGGAGAGGGAGAGGUUUGGAUCGCUGCUGCCAGAAUCUUUGUUCACUGAUGUACAGUCCCUGUUCCUGCAAGCAGCUAACUCUGACCCCACCCAGGUGGACCCCCAGCUGCAGUGUGGUCUGGGUGUUCUCUUCAACCUCAGCGGGGAGUACGACAAAGCGGUGGACUGUUUCAGCGCUGCCCUCUCUGUCACCCCACAGGACUACCUGCUGUGGAAUAAGUUGGGUGCCACGCUUGCAAAUGGAAGCCGCUCAGAAGAGGCGGUGGCUGCCUACAGGAGAGCUCUGGAACUGCAGCCAGGUUUUGUCCGCAGUCGCUACAACUUGGGAAUCAGUUGCGUCAACCUCGGAGCUCACAGAGAGGCAGUGGAGCACUUCCUGGAAGCUCUGUCUCUACAACGGCAGGCUGCAGGGGACGGAGCGAGAGCCGCGAGGGGCCCUGGAGGUGCGGCAGCCACCGUGAUGUCUGACAACAUCUGGUCCACUCUGCGCAUGGCUCUCAGCAUGAUGGGAGAGAGCUCUCUGUACGCUGCUGCUGACCGCCGGGACUUGGACACAUUGCUGGCUCACUUCAGCCAGCGAGAGGUGGAUGGUGGGGCUGAAUGAGGGUCAGCCAAAGGGUGGGGGCUUAUUGAGUGUGAGUGUGUUUUGCUGAGAGGUAAAUGUUUGGGUGAGUGAAUGAAGAGCAGAAGAAUCAGAUUGGUAAACUUUGCAGAGGAAUGGAGGAGGAAGACACUGUCAUCCUUGAGAUAUCAUCUUGGGGUCAUGUAUGGUUAAAUGAUUUUCAUCAGAUAUUACAGUAUUAGUCUCUACCUGGGGGAUGUAGCCAGCAGUAAUACAGUCAUCUCACUGUGUUUUACAUGUUUUACAUUAAUAGUCCUCACAUUUCCUCCUAUUCUGUUUACCUGGAAACCUGAUUUUAAUGUGAUGUGACUUUGAUUUGUUCUCAGUAGAGAAAGAAAAUGAUGAAGAAUGAGUGAAUCCAUUCUGUAUUCACCGAAGUGUGUUUAUCAUGACAUUGCUCAAUGCUCACACAGUCUUUGUCAACAGCACGUUGUAGGUUGAACUUAAUACUCACUACGGUUAUGUAAGUUAAAGGUACAUUAUUGCUGUAAACAUUGAAAAGAGUACUGCUUUCAAUUGGAGGUCCUUCUAGAUAAGGGUUAGACUGAUCCUGAGAACAAACACUAACCAGAAGUGCUAUAGCAACUUGUUUCUUUUUAUACGUUAAUUUUUUUAGUGAUCAAUUAUCAGCCAGGAUGAUGAACUGACAACCAGCAGGACUGUUACUGUUAUGAUAAGGCAUGUGUGUGUACAGUGUGUGCGAGUGUGUGAGUGUUUUGGGUUGGGCGGGGGAUAUUAAUCAUGCAUCAGAUGAUAAGAUCAUAUAAUUGUAAUGUCAUUGAGAAUGAUUUCUCUGGGCUUCUUUCUCUUGUUCUUUUUCAUAUUGCUCUUGUAAAACAAUUUGCUUCAUUGUAAAAUAAUGCUAUAUGCCAUAUUGUGUAUUGUAACAUAAUUGUUGCACUAUAAUUGUUUUCAGGCUAGUUAAAUCCUGACUGCAAUGUUUAAUAAAAUAUUUAGCAAUAAAGCUUUGAUUCCAAAAA